AUGUCUAAGAAUAGGAAUGGAGAUGAAGUUCUGAUCCCUCCUAAGGACGAAGAAGAAAUAUUGUUAGAAAAGUUGGUGUUUGGAGAUUUACAGGGCUUUGAAACUAAUUUAAAAAAACUUGAUAAUUUGUAUGAUUAUUCUUCUGAUGAGCAAGAUGAGGGCAGUAACGAUUCAGAUGAAUCAUCUGACGACGAGAAUGAUUUAGAAGAUGUGCAAGAUGAUCAAUUGUUUUAUAUUGAUGAUGGAACUAAUGAAGCACAAGGAGAUAAAGAUGCGAUGGAUAUCGACGAAGAUUCACAAUCAGACGAUGAGAUAGAUGACGAAGAAGACGAUAAUGAUUCGGAAAUUGCAUGGGAAGAUAGUGAUGACGAAAGAUUAAAUAUCUCAUUACUUUCUUCUGAUAAAAUGAAAAAAUUAAGAAAAGUUGAAACAGAUUCAACUAUAAAUGGUAAAUCGUAUAUAACAAGAUUGAGAUCACAAUUUGAAAAGAUUUACCCAAAACCUGAAUGGGUCGAUAAAUUACAACAGGAAGAGAAUGAUAUGGAAGAUGAGGAUUCAGAUGCAGAAGUCAUCGGUAACGAGGAUGAGGAAAUAACAGAGGCUUCGAAUAACGAUAAUAAUGCUGUCUUAAAGCUCUUAUCAUCCACACAGCAAUUUAUUAUUACAAAGCAAUUAAAAUUAAUAUCACCAAACAAGAUCUCUAUUACAAGACUUAAAGAUGCUAACCAUUCGAAACUUUCCAAAGCAGCUAUCCAAUCAUUAUCUUUCCAUCACUCCCAUCCGUUAUUAUUGACCGGUGGUUUUGAUAGAACAUUACGUAUUUACCAUAUCGAUGGUAAGACUAACAACGUGGUAACUACAUUACAUUUGCGUAAUUCACCAAUUUCAUCUUGUUAUUUUUCACCAUUUCCAUCGAAAGAUAAUAAAAAUUUAAUCUUCGCUGGUGGCAGAAGACGUUACAUGAACAAAUGGGAUCUUAACACAGGUGAAGUCGAAAAGAUUUCCCGUAUGUAUGGUCAUGAGCAAUUUCAAAGAUCAAUGGAAUACUUUAAGAUUUCCUCGAAAGGUACAUAUAUCGGACUUACUGGUAGCAGUGGUUGGUGUAAUAUAUUAAAUGGUUUGACUGGUCAAUGGAUUAAGGGCUUCAAGAUUGAGGGAACCAUCGUGGACUUUGAAUUUGCUAAUGAUGAAAGCUUCAUAAUUGUCAUUAAUUCGGCUGGUGAAGUCUGGGAAUUUGAGUUGUCCAAUGAUAAUGCAUCGAAAAACGAAUCAAAGAAAGAACCAACGCAUCAUAAUAAAAUUAUAAGAAGAUGGCAAGAUGAUAGUGGUACUGGUAUAACAAAGAUUAAACUCGGUGGCCCUAAAAAUCGUUGGUUGGCAAUUGGUACUAAUAAUGGUAUUGUCAAUGUAUACGACCGUAAUUCCUUGACCGAUGGAAGACAUCCAAAACCCAUUAAAACUGUCGAAAACUUGGUUACAUCUAUUUCUUCCUUAAAUUUUACACCAGAUGGCCAAAUAUUGUGUAUCGCUUCGAGAGCUAAGAAAGAUGCCUUGAGAUUAGUCCACUUGCCGUCUUGUUCGGUGUAUUCCAACUGGCCCACCAGUGGUACUCCUUUAGGUAGAGUUACCUCGGUCACCUUUUCUCCAAAUAAUGAGAUGUUGGCUAUUGGUAACGAAGGUGGUAAAGUUACAUUAUGGAGAAUUAAUCAUUAUUAG